CUGACCAUCUUGUUUACUUUGCGCGCAGCGGAAAACCGGGCCGAAUAUUCAGGCGCUUGAAUUUUUUAUUCUUUUUUUUCGCCCCGCCUCUUAACGAAUUUUUUGCCGCAAAGUGGUGUAAAUCGAAAGAGGCGAUCGCGCGCGUUUUUUUGUAUGUGAAAAUGUAUUGAAAAUGAAAGAAGCGAAAGAGGCGCAAAGAGAGCGAAAGAAAGAAGUGCGUGCCGAAAAAAGAGAGCGGCGAGAAGUGCCAAAAAUAAAAUAAAAUAAGAAACAGGCAAAGUUAAGUGCGGAAGGGCGAAAGGAGAACGAAGAACGAAGAAAGCGGCAAAGAGAGAGCGAAAGCACGGCAACAAGUGGCGAAAAUGUGCGACUAAAUUGGUAAAAACUCCUGUUUGCUCGCUCUCUCUCUCUCUCACACACACAACUCCCUCCCUCACUUGCACGCGCACAUCCCCAUCAUUUGCCAUCUCCCUCGCUCGCCAGAUCGCUAGUGGCAACAAAAACAGGAAUAGGAACAGUCGGUCAAGUUCAAGUGGGAACGGAAACGGAAAGGAAACAUGCGGAGAAUAUUUGCAUCCUGGAAUCGGCAUCACUACUUCAUCACCGGCGUGUUCCUGGGCUUCCUGCUCAGCCGCUACAUUCCGCAGGUCAUUUGGGAGCUGGUGCAGCAGGAGGAGUGCCCCCAAGAGGUUGCCGAGAACCUGCUCAUCGCGCGAUUCGGCCAGGAGUUCGAGCCACAUCUGAACCUCAUCAACAAGCCGCUAGCGGCUAAAAAGCCGGUGAAAAAUGUGAUUCGACCGCGCUACUACUCCUCGGAAUUGGGCAUCCGCGAGAAGCUCUUCAUCGGGGUGAUGACCUCGCAGGAGCACAUCAACACCUUUGCGACGGCCUUCAACCGCACCACGGCCCACCUGGUGAACAAGAUCAAGUUCUUCAUCUAUGCGGACAGUGUGAAGACCAACUACAAGCUGAAGAACAUUGUGGGAUUCACGGACACGCGGGAGAGUCGGCGACCCUUCCACGUGGUCAAGUACAUUGCGGACAACUAUCUGGAUGAGUACGACUACUUCCUGCUGGUCCCGGACACCGUCUACGUGGAUGCCCGGAAGCUGGUGAAGCUGCUCUACCACAUGAGCAUCACGUUCGAUCUGUACAUGGGUGGGGCCCGCAUCGGUCUGGAUCCCGGAGGCAGUGCCUCCGUUGAUGGCCAGUCAAAUGAGCCGGCCGGGAACGAGGAGGAAAUACCCGGGAGCAGUGAUCGCAACUACUGCUCCCUGGAGGCGGGCAUCCUGCUCAGCAGCAGCGUCAUCCGCAAGAUGCGCAACAAUCUGGAGCGCUGCGUACGGAUCGGGAGCACCAAUGACCACAGCGUCAACAUCGGGCGGUGCGUCAAGUAUGCCAGUCGGGUGGCCGGAUGCCAGGAGAGCUUCCAGGGCAUGAGGCAGUAUAGCUACUCCUUGGAGGCGCCGGGCCGCCGACAUCGCGACUUCAGCGAGUUGGCCAAGGAGGAGGCCUUCCGCAAUGCCAGCACCGUGUAUCCCGUCCAGACGCCGGAGGACUUCUACCGCCUGCAUGCCUACUACUCCAAGCAUCACCUGGAGAAAGUGCAGGAGCGUGGCUAUGCGCUGGAGCAGAAGUCGUACCGCAUUGCAAAUGGGAGUAUCUCGAACAAGAUCCUGGAGAUCCGCUGGCCACUGGGCGUGCCGCCACCUAGUGCGCCGGAAACGCGCCACGACAUCCUAACGUGGCAACUGCUGAACGGGACGCACAGCUUUCUGCCGAACGGCAACGCGGAGCACGCCUUGGCGCCGCUCUCGCGGAUCGAGGCCCUGGACUUCGCCAAGGUCCUGGAGAUAGCGCUGCAGUAUGCGGCCCUCAAGCAUCCGCGCCUGAGCUACCACAGCCUGCACAGUGCCUACCGGAAGUUCGAUGCCACCAGGGGCAUGGACUACCAGCUGCACCUCAGUUUGCAGGAAGGAUCGGGUCGGAGUCGCCGGCUUCUGGUCAAGAGCUUUGAGGUGGUGAAGCCAUUGGGUCGCGUCGAGGUGGUUCCCUCGCCAUACGUCACAGAGAGCACGAGGAUUGCGAUGUUGGUGCCGGCCUUCGAGCACCAGGUGCCCGAUGCCCUUCAGUUUGUGGACCAGUACGAGAGGAUUUGCAUGCAGAAUCAGGACAACACCUUCUUGCUCCUGAUCUUCAUGUACCGCCUGGACUCGCCCAGCAAGGGCGACGAGGAUCCCUUCAAGGGCUUGAAGACGCUGGCCCUGGACCUGUCCUCCAAAUACAAGACGGAUGGCUCGCGGAUCGCCUGGGUGUCCAUCCGGCUGCCGGAGCAGCUAAGUGAUGCGGUGGAUCCGCAGGACUGGCUGCUGCACGCCUCCAUGUACGGCCCGCGGCAACUGCUCAGCCUGGUGGUGGCGGACCUGGCGCUACCCAAGCUGGGUCUCGAAUCGCUCGUGCUCCUGGCCACCCCGGGCAUGGUCUUCAAGGGCGACUUCCUCAACCGCGUGCGCAUGAACACGAUCCAGGGGUUCCAGGUGUACGCCCCGAUUGGCUUCCAGAUGUACCCAUGCCGGUGGGCGCAGUUCUGCCGGGAGUGCGACACCUGCGACGUCAGCCAGAGUGGGGGCUACUUCGAUCGCCGCAACCACGACGUGAUCGCUUUUUACAGUCGGGAUUAUGUCCAGGCCCGCAAGCUGUUGCAUCCGCAGGGCUUGCCGAUCAUCCGCAGCGACCUGGACAUCGAUCAGUUGCUGCUGCAGCCCGGUGAGGAGACGCGACCACCGGGCGUGGAGAGCAUCCUGGACAUGUUCGUGGCGGCGCAGCACUCGGUGCACAUCCUGCGCGGCGUAGAGCCGAACCUGCGCUUCGGCCAGGAUGUGCGGAACCACCUGGCUCGCGGCGGAUCGCUGCCGGAGAGCCAGCCGGAGCGAUGUGGUCGGGAGCAGUGCAUCCACCUGGCGUCCCGCAAGCAGAUCGGUGACGCCAUCAUACGCUACGAGGACAAAAGUAUUCUGCACAAAUAGCAGGGAUCCGAAGGCCUCUUUCGCCAGCUCCAACUCUAGCUCCAGCUCCUGCUCCUGCCUGUAAUAUCAUCAGUUCCUUUUUAAUCUAUUUCCAUGUGUAUAUGAUCGCGUGAAUGCAAAAUGUGUGUGUGUGUGCAUGCCGAAUAGAUCCUAUACAGGACUUAUGCAAACUUUUAUACUCGCACCCAAGGCUUAAACCCCAUUUGGAUACAUUUGGAUUGGGAUGGUGGGACACGUGUGUAAGACCUGUUGCGGACCUAUCUCAAUCCCAACUUAGUGUUUAGGCCUAGGCAAUUUCCGUUGUUGCUUGCUUUAAAGUGAAACUUUCAAUGCUCAAAAAUGGUAGACAGCAAUUAGUUGUAGUUUAACUAAACGUAGUUUUAGCUGCCAAACGUGUAGGACAGUUUUAGGAUAGUUGUUCGAGCCAUUUAAACAGACAUUCGAUUUUCGCAUGUAAAUACUUAGCAUACGCCACAUAUCUCUAUUAACAAUUCCUAUCUUUCAUAUUGCUACCAAGUACGUUAGUCAGGCGCACCAUUGACUCCUAUUUAAAUGACUAGUUAAGCUAAGUGUUAUACUACUACGAUCUAAGUGAAACGAACGAUGUGGCUGUACGAAAAACAAACAAAUGCCGCCUUGCCUCAAAGUGUUACAAUCCCCAUGAAUGGGCUCUCUCAAUAACGGUGUGCCAAAAAAGGAAAUAUUAUAGAAAAGCUGGUCUAAAUUCCCUACUUCGUUCCUCUUUUAAAAAUGAAUGUUAAAAUGUAAAAAUUUAUAUAGAUAUCGGCUAAGAGAGAAUAUGAACAUAAAAUUCCGUUGAAAAUUUACCGUCAACAAAUCGAAAAAGAAAAUAUAUAUUUUUGUUUUAUUUAUUUAUUUUUUUUUUUGAUAAGAUAAUGUCACGUUUUUUGUAUGGCAAUAUUUUAUAACAUUAGAGGACCUUGUAAAUAAAUCAAUACACUUUAAAGAAAAAAUCAGGUGAAAUUCUAUUUUUAAACUAGAAUUGUUAAGUGCUUGCCAGUGUAUCUUAGCCGAUAUCUACUGUAACGACGAGACUAGUUACAUUAUGUAAUUAUUUUGCCCAUUUGCCAGCACAUAAGUCUUAGCAUCGAAUAAGAAGUCUGCCAGUCAAAUUCUUAUCAUUACGAUUACAAAAGGGGAAAUCCGAUUAAUUUAUUGCAAAAUUUUGUGUAUGUAAACGCGCCAGGAGUAGUCCUCCUCCCCCUUGUCCCAAAAAAUCAAUUUUUUUUACCUUUAGUCAUAGUGUAAAUUUACUAUAUAUGUUUACUGUUUAUGUUUAGGAAUUGUUGUUAUUGCAGAAUAAUACAAAUUAUGUAUGUGCAUAUGUACAAUAAAUUUGGAUGUUUUCUUUAACUGAA